AUGACAAGCAAAAACAAAUACAGGUUGAAUUUCACAAAUGUCAACUGUGCACGGCAGAUCAAGGGAUUCCUACCCGGAACAUACAAGUCUAUCGAGGUACUUGAAAGAGCGUGCACGAAUGACUGCUCCAUAUCACUUGCAAAAUAUCAGAAAGCUACCGAGGUAGCAUGUGGUGAACAUGAUUCGUUUCCGAUUAGUGAAAAUCGUGAAGCUCCUGUUUCAUUCAUACCACAGAUUAUGUUCUAUAACUUCAAUAGAACAUGUAUCAAGGACGAAGGAAGAUGGUGCAACAUUGUUCACAAAGGUUUCGCUGAAAUUAAUACGAUAAAUCCAAUGGCUGAAUUGGUAUUGGACAAAGAAACUAAACCUGGGAGCAACAAAAAGCGACAAACGGCUGUAGAUAUUUGUGACAACUGUGUCAUCAAGCAACUACAAUUUCAAGCCGGAUCUCCCAUCAACGAUGGAUUCUUGUUGCAGUCCAAGUACAGUUCUCUAACCGCGCGCUGUUCGAAAACUGGAAUGCCUCUUGGCACUUCGACGACCCCAUUUCCAGUGCAACCAAUACCAACAAGUCCAGCAGGAAAUUGUACUGGUCACCGGUAUACUCUACAGGCAGGCGAUACGUGCCGGUCCAUUUCCAAGUCCCAAGGUGUAGGUACUGCCUGGCUAUUGUACGACAACAACCUCGCUGCUUUUUGUGCUGGAUUUCCCACAAAUGGUACACUUUGCAUCCAGAAUAGAUGCUCUGUUUACACGGUGCAGGUAAAUGACACUUGUCUUGGCAUUGCCGGUGCUAGAAAUCUUAGUCAGAUCCAGUUGAAUACAUGGAAUCCCAUACUCGGUGAUUUGUGCCGUUCCAUCAAUCUUUCUGUUGGCGAUUCGAUUUGCGUCUCUCCUCCCGGGGAACCAAACUACACAGUUCCAACUAUUACUGCUCCUCCAACAUCAGGACCAUCUACCACAGCCGCACCCGUUCCAACUCCACUAGCACCAGGUACAACGGAUUAUUGUGCACAAUACCACCUGACUGAAAAGGGUGAAUACUGCAACUUGUUGGUCGUCAAAUUCAGUAUAGCGCUGGAAGAUUUCCUGUUUCUGAAUCCACAUGUUAAUGCUAAGAACCCGUCACUACAAGUCAACUCAACAGACUGUGCCCCCGAAGCUGGCCAGCGAUAUUGUAUGGCGCAAUGGAACGGUGCCAGUUUCGCCCAGACUAAGACCAUUGCGACAAGUACGCCACUCCCCGUCAGGGAUGGCGUGACUCCAGACUGUAAGGACUAUUCGAGCGUCAAUGCUGGAAUCACUUGUCAGAAUAUACUCGAUCGGAAUUCUAUUACCAUUGAGCAAUUUUACGCAUGGAAUCCUGCCGUGGGGCCUAAGUGCGGAAAUCUCUGGUCGGGUGAGACAUACAUUCUUGGAAGAAAUCAUGACUGCAAAGGAAGACUGAUCGAUAUAGGAUACCGAUAUUGCAUCCGCGUCGAUGAUGUUCCUGUUGACCCAGAGGAAUCAACUAGCAGUAGUACUACCACAAGCAAAUCAAUCAGUACAACCUCGACGGCAACUUCCAGUGCAUCAAGCUCAAAGGCAACCGCACCGGCUCCUACGCAAGAUGGCAUAGCGCCAACCUCUGGAGACGGUCUGUUUUGCUACGACAUCUCAGUCAAGUAUGGCAUUACGCUAGAGCAAUUUUUCGCAUGGUAA